CUGAUGGCAAAGAAUGAACUGGCUCAUGACCAUGAGGCAUCCAGCUCAGCCCUGAUUGGCUACUACUCCAGGUCUCGCAGAGUCUUCACUGAAGGGGAACCUCUGGCCUUGAGGUGUCAUGGAUGGAAGAAUAAGCUGGUGUACAAUGUACUUUUCUACCAAAAUGGCAAAACCUUUAAGUUUUCUCCUCAGAAUUCUGAAUUCACCAUUCUGAAAACCAAUCUGAGUCACAGUGGCAUCUAGCACUGCUCAGGCAUGGGAAGGCAUCGCUACACAUCAGCAGGAGUAUCUAUAACUUUAUAAAAGCUAUUUCCAGCCCCAGUGCUGAGACCAUCCUUGUCAUUCCCCCUCCUAGAGGGGAAUCUGGUCAACCUGAGCUGUGAAACAAAGUUGCUCCCACAAAAGCCUGGUUUGCAGCUUUACUUCUCCUUAUCCCUUGUGGGAAGCAAGACACUGAUGAGCAGGAACAUAUCCUCUGAAUACCAGAUACUACCUGCUAAAAAAGAAGACUCUGGAUUAUACUGGUGUGAGGCUACCACAGAAGAUGGAAAUGUCAUCAAGCACCGCCCUGAGUUGGAGCUUCAGGUGUUUGGCCUCCAGUCACCUACUCCUGUCUAGUUUCGUUUCCUUUUCUAUCUGGCAGUAGGCAUAAUAUUUUUGGUGGACACUGUUUUCUGUGUGAUAAUACAUAAGGAACUACAAAGAAAGAAAAAGUGGAAUUUAGAAAUCUCUUUGGGUUCUGAUCAUUGGAAGAAGGUAACUCCUACCUUCAAAAAGAUAGAUAUUUAG